UAACAAUACAUUAGCUGUAAUUAUAAUAACAAUGGUUAUAAUUAAGAGUUAAGAAGAAUGGAAUCAGCAAAUGUAUUGCAAGUUAAACCAGAAAGUAUCAUAGGUGGAAAGUAUACUUUAUCGAAAAAAUUAGGAAAAGGCUCCUUCGGAGAUAUUUACAUCGGGGAAGAUCGGGACAAUGGCGAAAAAGUAGCGAUUAAAUUAGAAAGAAAUUGUAUUGGAAAGCCUUCUAAUUUGCUAUCGGAGAGCAAGAUUUAUAAUAUUUUAAAGAAAGGAACCGGAAUACCUGACAUAAAAUGUUACGAGUGCAAUAAUACGCGUUACAACGCUUUAGUUAUGGAACUUCUGGGACCAAGUUUAGGAGACUUGUUUGCCUACUGUAACUACCGGUUUAGUUUAAAAACGGUUUUAAUGCUGGCUAAUCAGAUGAUUUCUCGUUUAGAGUACGUCCAUUCGAAGAAUAUUAUCCAUCGCGACGUUAAACCGGAUAAUUUCUUGAUGGGUUCCUUCAAUUCUUAUGAUACGGUGUAUUUAAUUGAUUACGGGUUAGCUAAACAAUGUACAUUUAAGCCUAAACGUCUUAAUUACGGUAGAUAUAGAAAGAUUGUAGGAACAGCGAGGUAUGCUAGCAUUAAUGCUCAUCGAGGGAUCGAGCAAAGUCGUCGCGAUGAUCUGGAAUCGCUAGGGUACGUGCUCAUGUAUUUCAAUCGAGGAAAUCUUCCAUGGCAAAAUUUACACGCUGUUACAGCAAUACAGAAAUGCGAAAGAAUUUUAGAAAAGAAAAUCUCAAUUCCUAUAGAAGUAUUAUGCAAACACUUUCCCGAAGAAUUUGCCAUUUAUCUGAAGUACUGUAGGAGUUUAGGAUUCGAGCAGAUACCCGACUAUACGUAUCUUCGUACAUUGUUUUCUACAUUGUUUCGUUCGCUAAAUUAUUCUUACGACUACAAUUACGAUUGGAAGAAGUCUAAGCAAAAAUACAAGAGUUUUUCUUCAAGCAAAACAAAGGAAAAAUCCAUUAACGAUACAUACGUCGGCGGCGAUUAUUAAACGCCAAACAAUUCGAAAUUUAAAAAUGAAUUUUUAUAAAAUUAUAUAAAUAAAAUAUAUUAUAAAAUUUUUAUCGAAUAUAAAUAAAAUAGUAUAA